GUACCGCGCGUGUAUUUCCCGCGUACGAGUUUAGUCACGUUCAGACGCAUUCUCACGGUGUUUUGCAUUGCACUUGUUGACUUUUGCAGACUGCCGUUCGCGAGCAUUGCACAUUACCAAUGCAAUAAUUGGACGAACGUCUUGUCGUUGUUAAGGUGCAGAUUUUUCGGAACAACAAGAUUGUAGACAUUUUUCAAUAAACAGCAGAUCAGGUCAGGAAGUGUAGAAUGUAGAGAAACUCCGCUUCUUCGCUGUAAUGUAGUGCUACUCUUAAUCUUAACAACAAAAAUGGAAUAAUAGAAGUUCGGAACUACGUUUCAAUUUCAAAAAGUCAAAGUCAUGUUGCAUUGAUCCUACCUCGUAAACUGUUAAAUUUUCUCGAGUUAUGAGGUUAACAAACAAAUCUCUUUAUGUAGCUAACUAGAUUGAAGCAGUGCAUGCGUGCUGGACCCGGAGAGUAAUAGCAGUGUACGUCUGCGCAUAUCAAACAGAUAUAUUAUAGACGUAACAAGAUAACUAUCUAUUUUGUUUCGUGGAAGGUGAAGAGGAUUUACUUAAACACAAAACUCUUUAUACUUUCAGCUCGUAAAUACUCGCGAUCCGGUGGCAUUCGAGGCGGGUACAGCACAGUUAGCGAACAUGAUCGGCGGCGACCGCUGAACGGCGAUGAACGACGACGACGACGGCGGUGGCAGCAGCAGCAGCAGCAGCCCCGGUGCCGGUGCAGACGGACGGCGUUCGGUCCGGCACCACGGCAAGCACCACAAAAUGGCUCCGCCGAACAGAUGGCCGGCCGCCGGCGGAUCGGCAGCGGCGGCAACGGUGGCCGACGUGGUUCGCCCGGCCGCGGUGGUCGCGGGCCGCCAUCACCGCCGGCACGACAUGUUGGCCGCUGCGGUCGGCGGCAACGACACCGCGGCCAGGUCGCCACAGCCACCGCCGCCGCACGUGUUGCAACACGCCGCGCCGGACAGCAUGUGCUACACGACCAACGAAGUGCUCGUCAUCAUCGCCGUCACGUGUUUCCUGAAUUUUGCGUUCAUAUUGCUCAUCAUGACGUGCGUGCAUUGCUUCACGGACCCGUCGCAUCAUAAGAAAUUCGGCUCGGUGGCGUACGCCGAACUCGGCGACGAGCUGUUCGACGCGGACAUGAUCGACGGGGACACGGUGACGCUGCUGAAUCCGACGAAAUCGUCGCAAGACGCGCUGGACUACGCGUACGAGAAGAAAAACGGGUUCGGCGAAUGCGAUAUAGAGUCGUGCGCGCCAUACCGGGGCCUGAUACGCGACCACCGGUGCAAGUCCCGAAGGAAAUCCGAAGACGACCUGCUCAACGCCGCGUUCGAAUGACCUCGAUGGGCGGUCGCCCCGGACCGGUGCCGGGCGCGGUCCGACAUGUUCGUGUUGAAGACCCUUGACCGAGUGGAGAAGAAAACGCACCGUCGGUACGGCGGCACCAAAUGGGUGACGGGGCCGCGUCACAAUAAGUAUUCCGCCGUGACAUAGACAACCCGUCGUCGCACCGUACACCAUCAUAUUAUUAUUAUAUAUUAUAAAGUACGCCCCACACCCCUCCUGUCAUGUCGUUGACAACCUGACCUAAUCCCACCUGUAAUAUGUGUAUAGCUAUUGACCUAUAUGUAUCGUCCGCGUUCACGCGACCCGUGUCAAGUCCAAAUAUCAGAUUUUGGACUUGAAAUCGUGUACAGGGUAAUUCAUUAAGCACGCUCGCCUCGUUUUUCUUUUUUGACAAUACAGCUAUAUUCUAAAUAUCAUUUUUCGAAUUUUCAGCGGAUAGCACGUAAAUACCGUGUUUUUAAAUUCUUAAGAUUUGUUUGUACUACUUAAGGUAUAUGCUGUAGGAAUACAAACUUCUGUUUUUCAAAUGAAAACUCCUCUUUUUCACUGUAAAUAUUAUUCGGGAGAUAAUAUUCCUAAAAAUGUUGACGUGUGAAAAUAAAAAUUCGAACAAAUAAUUUUAAUUAAUUAACUGAUUUGUGUACUAAGGAUAAUGCGUUUGGAAAUAUAUGAUGACUACCUAUGGUAAUUUGAAAAUUUUAAUACCUAACAUUAAUCUAUCAGUAUUUAUAUUUUAUAAAAAAUAGUUCACGUGUAAUAAAUAAUAAAUUUGAUAUCAUAUCUAUUUUAUAUUUUUAUACAACCAUAUUGUCACGGGUAUGAAGUUAGCCCCCCCCCCCCCAAUAUCAUUUUAAUAUUUAAAAAACUGUUCGUUCGAAUUUUGAACUAGGUAUAUUAAUGUUUUCGAAAAAAAAUCCAUUGAAUAAUUAAUAGUAAAAAGGGGUGGGGGUGGUUCUCAUUUUUAAAACAAAAAUUUGUUUGCUAUAGGAUACUAUACUUAAUUAUAACAACAAAAUCUCAGAAUUUGAAAAUAUGGUGUUUAAGUAUAUUUAAAAAUUCACAUAAUCGAAUUUUAAUAAUAAGUUCACUAUUAAAGGAAAAAAUUAGGAUGAGCUUGUUUAGUGAAUCAUCCUAUAUAUUAAAAGACUAAUAUAUUUACUGAUUCUACCGCAUAUAUAGGUACCUUCUAAAUAUUCUGAAAAUAUUCAUAUCACAUAAUAUAUACUUAUAAUUUAAAAAAUCAACCGUACUCAAAUAUUCUAAAUUGUUAUGGACUCAGUUUUAUAUCUACUUGGAAUUCGAACCCUCGUGGUAACCCAGCAUAUGUACCCAGUUAAAACUUUUAUUUUUUAAAACCACUUCCAUUUUUAUAAAACACUAAAAAAUAUAUUAUGAAUGCAUCAAAUACAUAUAGGUAUUUAUACACGGCAAUUUAUUUUUUUUUAUAAAUGGCCUCCAAUAUUAGUAGUUCUACUACGGCCUCCCCGAGACCUAACCUGCAGCGAACACGCGUGUUUUUCACAAGAUUUCACAAAAUCACAUAUCAACAAUUCCAAUUAUAUUUUUAAAUAACAUGAAAUCUAGUAUACUAAUUUUGUUACCAGCUGGGUUGUCCAGCAUUCAACCACUUAAACCCGUUUAUGAAGGAAACAGAACUUCUACGGAAAAAAACGUAAUCCGACAUCUUUCGCUGUACUUAUUCAUUGCUCGCAGACAUUUUUCAUAACGACAAUGAUAUUAGGUACCAGGGACACACUGAACACUACUACAUUAUAGAAUAAUAUUAACUGUACGGACUUGUGUUAUUUUUCUCUCUUUCAGAUGGUCGUCAUUAGUGUAUAGUUUUUUCCUAAUGCACCCCCUUCCCCUUGUUGUAUGUACCUGAUACCGAAAAUCACAAAUCUUGUACCCUAUUUGUGGGUUUGUAAUAAUCGAUAUUAAUUACGUAUGUAGGUACAUUAUUUAUGUCGUAUAUUUCGUUCAUACUAUUGUAUUAUAAUUAUAUAAUAUAGCUAUUAUAAUAAAUAUAUAAAUGUUCGUCGUAUAAACUAUAUGUAUAUCAAUACAAAUAAACAAAAUUGUUUUAAAUCGACUGGAUUUACCUAUCGAUAACUUUACUAUAAUAUGUUUACCGUUUAGAGAUAUUAAUCGAACGCGUCUUAUCAUCGUUAUUGUACAAUAAUUAUAUAAUAUAAUAAUACGUAGGUAUAUAAACGCCAGAUUAAUCAUAUACUUAACUGAAUUCAUUUUAUUAUAAUAUAUAUUACUGUGGUCUAUUGUACGUGUAGGUGUACUCGUGAACAUACACAAUACAUUUUAUCCCGUGAAAUACCGCAUUUAAUUUUAUAAGUAGUUUUAGUUGGCUGUAUUUAUGAUGCUAAUUUACGUAUCACUAAGUAGUUUUAAAUUCAUUUUUUUUUUCUAAUAAAUUAUUUAUCAAUAAUUUGAUUGUAUAUGAAAUAACAAAUCCUUAAUUUAUUAUGUAAUUUUUGUAAUUAAUAAAUACUUACCUGUGGUAUAAUUUAUAUAUAA